UGGGUUUUCUGAACUUGAGUUUUUGGCAUCAGAGUUUCUCCUAGCUCAGGGUCGCCUUUUCGAAGCUUCAUCGUCGAUGACGACGUUUCGAGCCCUAGCUUGACGAUCCUUUAUUUGCUCAGCUCUAACCACCGAAUUCUGUCUGGGCUGUAGAUUUUCAGAUCGUAAGUGGGAAUACAGAAUGCAGCGUCCGCCAUCGACUGUGGAGGAGCAGUUGAUACUAAAAGCAAUUGGAGAAGAAUGCAUGUGGGAGGGCCUCCCCAAACGCCUGCAAUCUACUUUGAAUUCUAAGGAAGAAUGGCAUCGAAGGAUAAUUGACCAUUGUAUCAAGAAAAGACUCUCCUGGAGUGCUUGCUUUGCUCGGAAAGUAUGCAAAGAGGGUGAAUAUUAUGAAGAACUGAUGCGUUAUCUUCGAAGAAAUUUAGCGCUAUUUCCUUACCAUCUUGCGGAAUAUGUUUGCCGUGUUAUGAGAGUUUCUCCCUUCAAAUAUUACUGUGACAUAUUGUUCGAAGUGAUGAAAAAUGAACAACCCUAUGACAGCAUUCCUAACUUUAGUGCGGCAGAUGCGCUGAGGCUCACAGGGAUUGGAAGAAACGAAUUUAUUGAUAUCAUGAACAAAUGCAGAUCUAAGAAAAUUAUGUGGAAGCUGAACAAGUCAAUAGCUAGAGAACUCUUGCCAAUAGAACCUGUGGAAUUUCUAAUUGAACCAUGGUGGGGAGUUUGUCUUGUAAACUUCACUUUGGAAGAAUUCAAGAAACUCUCAGAUGAAGAAAUGGCAACCAUUGACAAAAUCUGUAAGGAGGAAGCGAAUUCAUUCAUUCUUUUUGACCCUGAAAUAAUUAAGGGUCUAUAUCGCCGGGGCCUUGUGUACUUUGAUGUUCCUGUGUAUCCUGAUGAUCGUUUUAAAGUUUCUAGGCUUGAAGGAUUUGUUUCAAACAGGGAACAGUUAUAUGAAGAUCCCAUUGAAGAGUUGCUUUAUGCUGUGUUCGUUGUGUCCAGUGCGAAUUCAACUGUUGCUGAAUUGGCAACAACUCUACAAGCCGAUCUCUCUCAGCUACAGGCUGCUGCAUCCUUUGCUUGUCGACUGGGUUGGGCACUGAAGCUUAUUGAUCCUGCAUCUAUUUUACAGGAAUCAAAUGCACCUGCAUCUCCUAAAAUUAUGCUCGGUGAUGAAGAUGAUGGUUCUCAUGCUACAAUGGGUUCUGGAAAUUUGUCUGGUGAUGGCAGUGGUCUGCAACCUGGAGAUAUGUUGUUGACAGAAAAUUCUAGUCCAGCUGCUGAUUAUUCUCGUGUAGCUUUUGUUGUCGAUGCUAACAUAACAUCUUAUCUUAUGAUGGGAUCUGUUUCACCAGGCCUAAAAUCUCAUGCUGUUACUCUGUAUGAAGCUGGAAAACUUGGUCAUGCAAGUAUUGCGGAUCUUUGCAGAGACCUUAUUACACUAGAAGGGGCCAAAUUUGAAGGAGAAUUACAGGAAUUUGCAAAUCAUGCUUUCAGUUUGAGGUGUAUCCUCGAAUGUUUAACUUCAGGUGGUAUAGUUGCUGAUGGACGAGAAAAAAUUGGUUCAAUAUCAUUGAGCAAAGAAGACGAGACUGCCGACAAAUCUAAAGAUAUUAGAAUGGAUGAAGCUAAGAUGAAUGUGGAUGAUUCUGAGAAACUAAUAUCUCCUGAGAGUGAUUGUUCUGCUGAGCCUUUGACUGAGGGUACUACCUGCUCCAAUGCUUUAUCCGAAGAUAAAGAAAUUAUGUCCGAGGUUUCUACAUUAAAUUUUAGUCCACAAGAUGACGAAUCAUCUGAUUCUGUUGGAAGUAUGGCUGCCAGAAAAGAGACAAGGAAACCACGGAAAUAUCAUGUGGACAUUCUUCGUUGUGAAAGCUUAGCUUCUCUGGCUCCAGCUACUUUGGAUCGUUUGUUCACCCGUGACUAUGACAUUAUCAUGUCCAUGAUUCCACUUCCUUAUUCUUCUGUUUUGCCUGGAGCCAAAGGUCCCAUUCAUUUUGGUCCCCUGUCUCAUGCUUCCAUGACUCCCUGGAUGAAGCUGGUGCUGUAUUCUGCUCUUUCCAGUGGACCUCUUUCUGUUGUUCUGAUGAAAGGUCAAUGUUUAAGAUUGCUUCCUGCACCGUUAGCUGGUUGCGAGAAAGCCCUUGUAUGGUCGUGGGAUGGAUCUACAGUGGGGGGUUUGGGAGGAAAAUUUGAAGGGAAUUUAGUGAAAGGAAACAUACUCCUACACUGUUUGAAUUCUCUUCUCAAGUACUCUGCUGUGCUGGUUCAACCUCUAAGUAGAUACGAUCUUGACGAAGGAGGGAAAGUUGUGACUCUAGAUGUUCCGUUACCCUUGAAGAAUAGUGAUGGUUCAAUGGCUUAUAUUGGUGAGGAACUCGGAGUAUGCAAAGAUGAGUGUUCAAAGUUAAACUCACUGUUACAUGACAUUUCAAACAAAAUAAAUCUGUGGACAAUCGGUUAUAUUCGGCUAUUAAGGCUGUUUAAAGAGAGGGAUCUUGAAAACUUUUCUGUUUCUGAUGAGAAGUAUGAAUGGGUUAUUCUCAGUGCAGAAUUUGGAAUUCCACUUUUUAGUCCCAAAUUAUGCAACAGUAUAUGUAAAAGAGUGGUUUGUUCACAGCUACUUCAGACGGACUUACACAAUGAGCAUAAUGAAGCAAUGCAAAACUUGAGAAACAGGUUACGUGAUGUUUGUGCCGAAUACCAAGCAACUGGUCCCACUGCAAAGCUUCUUUACCAAAGAGAGCAAACUAAGGAAAAAAGUCCAUCUCGACUGCUAAUGACUUAUGCAAGCGGAAAAUGGAAUCCGCUUGUGGAUCCUUCUUCUCCUAUAUCAGGAGCGUUAAGUGAGAACCAACGAUUAAAGCUUGCCAACAGGCAGCGUUCUCGCACAGAAGUCCUGAGCUUUGAUGGUAGUACCCUAAGAUCAUAUUCACUGUCUCCAAUUUAUGAGGCUGCCUCCAGACCAGUUGAAGAUACUCUUGGCAUGGCAAAAGUUGAAUCUGAGGAUGCUGAUAGCAAAGAAGUAAUUCUUCCUGGAGUGAAUCUUCUUUUUGAUGGAUCUGAGUUGCGGCCUUUUGAGAUUGGUGCUUGCCUCCAGGCUCGUCAACCUGUGUCCUUAAUUGCUGAAGCAUCAGCAGCAUCUGCUUCGUUGACAGGCAAACAAAAAAUUUAAAUCGAUUCUCAUAUCUUCAUUUACUUGAAUACCUUGUUUUAUGAAACCAAAUGCACAGUUGCGGAUGCUGCUUCAUAGAUACCGACUCAUCUGUUUUUACAACUACAAGCGGGUUCUUCAGGUUUUGUAGCUGCAGAGUCUGUUUCUGGAUAUUUUAGGCUGGGUUCUUGUAGGUUGUUGCAAGGAAGAGAGGAUUUAUUUGAUCUGUUAUGUAAUUCCGAAUGCGUGUACAUGCCUACAUCAGUUUAUUUCUGCAUUAGGUGGAACGGGAAAAAAAAAAAAAAAAUUGUGUUGUUUUUGCACUUCGUGUGCAAAAUAAUAGUUGCCACUUCUUUAUGCUAAAACAGUUCUGGAGUCUGCGAAAGAUUAGACAAGGACAACAUAUGGAGAUUAUAUCUCUAGUGGUAUCGGCGUUGGUCAGAAUGUAGUGAUGUUUUCAAACUCUACCUAUUUUGUAUCCAAGAGAGGAAUCAGAAUUCGCAAGCCAUUGGGUAUCAGUUCUUUAUAUUCAUCUUUAAAUUUGCUUUUGUUUCUAAAUGGUCGUUAUACCCGGAUGUACGGCUAAUGAUUUUAGAUGCGAGGAUUUUCGAGAGUACAACUAUACUAGUUAUCGUAUGAAAAUAACGAUGGACCCUUAAUACAGUAGCUAAUGUUGAGAUGGUGCCCGAUUGACGUAUGUUGUAUCUGAGGGUGUUUUUCUGUUCUCCCAAAUAAUCUCCUUGUCAGAUUGUGUGCAAUUUGCCUUUUCUAUUUAUAGAAAUUAUUUUGUUAGCAUGCCAAGAGCUUUUUCCUUGAGACUGGUUCUAGUCGGCUCAUUAUACUAAAUUAGUAUUGUUC